AUGUUCGCUCCAGUGAUAACCUCACCUCCCCUGGUGUCAUUACCUGAGGACAGGAGCAAAAAUAAAGAUUUCCGAAAAGACUAUCCGGAUUACACUGACAUCCGCCACCUGGUGGCCAUCAGCUGUUACAAGGAACCAGUAGAACUGAUUGCAAGAAGCGUUCAGACUUUAGCAGACCAGACCGAAGCCGGGCGCAUCUCCAUGGUGAUUUCCUUUGAAGAGAAGACACCGGAAGUGCAAACAAAAUGCGAUAAACUUCGUGAGAUUUUUAAGAAUGCUGGUUUCGAGCGUCUAAUUUUCACCAUUCACCCGUUUGGUCUUCCAAAUGAGAUCCCAGGAAAGUGUUCCAAUGCCAAUCACGGCCUCCGUCAGGCGACGCAGGUAAUGCAAAAGGAGCUUGGGGCAUACUUCGAUGCUGAAAAGAUUAUCGUCACCACUUGUGACGCCGACUCAUACUUCCACCCUAGCUACAUCGCAGCUCUGACUUCCAAGUUCAUGAAAGAGAAGACCCCUCAUAGAGUCAUAUUCCAGGCACCCUUGCUCUACAACUGGGGUUUGGAUGGAAGCAGCUUUGUCACCCGUGUCACCGGUCUUCUCCGUACCACUCUAAUGAUGGGGGCUCUCAUCCCAUUCAACAUCAAUUCCAUGAGCAUUUUCUCCUUUUCCCUGCGGCUGUGUAUUGAUGGAAACUUUGUUCACCCCGCCUACCAUAUGGAUGAUAUUAUCUGCUUGAUCCGAUGGAUGGGCGUAACUCGUCGCCGCCUCCGUAUUCCGAUGAUUCCGAUCCCUGUCAUCAGCGGACCCACAUCCGGUGAGACCGUGGAGCUAGAAGUGGCUGAGUGGGCGCGUCAAGCCAGAAGAUGGACCAUUGGUGCAGCUGAAGUCUUCCACUACUACGUGAUUAAAGCUGGUCGCAUGCCUUUCUGGCCUGCUUUCUCCUGGGGUCUUUGUUUCCUUUCUUACUAUGGCAUCUUGCUUUGCUCAGGAGGGUUGUACAGUAUCUCUGCCGGUUUGUCCAUGGCGUUCCUGGUGAAAGACGCACCGUUCUACAUUAACUACGUGAUGUACGGUUUGGCUGGGCUUCAGCAACUCGCUUUUCUUGGGGUCUUCAUGAUGGACGUUUUCGGACCAAGAUUGAUGAAGGUCAAAGAGCAUAUCAGUUUCGUUCGCAACUUUCUCCAUUUUCUCCUCACCCCGCUGGUGCUACUAGGGUACUCCUUGGUGGAGUUCUACGCCCUGCACGAGGUUGCUAUCAGAGGAAAAGAAGUCUGCAAACAUGGCGCCUCAAAGAAAAGUGCACUGGGAGUUGUUUAA